UCGAUGUUCACUUUUACUCUCCAUCUCUCUUUGGUUCGAUGUGUGGAUUUGAAACACGUUUUGUCUUCAUAUCUAAUUGUUUCCAGCAGCAUCAUGUUCCUGUGAUUAAACUUUGCUGAGAGGAAGCUGCAUGCGUCUGUGCGCCGUUCCCUCUCCUCCGCGAGGACGCAGCGGGGCAGUGCGCUUGGCUGAGCAGCGUUGAAAGAAGCAAAGCGUGGAGGAGAGGAGUUGACCAGAACUCCGAACAAAAAGAUUUUGGGGGUUACUUGUCCACUCUAAAAGGUCACCUCCACAGUGCCACUUUGGUCUGGGCUGAGUGAAAGAUCAGCAAGCACCUGCAGGGCCCCAUCAGUGGCCCAAACCCCAUUACUACAGUAUGGGCAACUUUUCCAGCAAGGACGGCCAUGGACCUGCAGGGGCCCAUGGGGAUAGUUUCCACACUCCUCCUGCUUCUCCACAGAGUGAUGACCCUCCCCUCAUGCCUGGUGUCCCCCAACUUCUUAACCCUACAUCACCUCAACCUUCCCCUGCAGCCCCAGUUUCAUCUCCACCACCAGUUCCAGUCCUCACAACCAGUGGGAAGAGAGCACAGUCUGGCAUCACCACUACCACUUCCAGUCCUCCUGAUUGGAGGCCUCGUCCUCCAGUUAGCCCAAAUAGCUCCACCGUUGGCCCUGGAUUUAGCCCGCUGCACAGCAAGCCAGGAAGUACUGUGAGUAAAGGACAAGCUGCUUUUGGGAGGAAUGGGGGUCCUCCUACAUCCACCCCUCGACCUUUGGUCUCCCAGGGGAAGACUGUGGCCAACAGCCCUACAAAGAGCCCCUCUUCUCUGUGUAGUGCCUCACCUGUGGUGGGCAGCUCUACUCAGCAGAACUGGAGGGAAAGGGACAGUGGUCUGAGUCAGUCUUUACUGCCUGCUCAUGAAGCUGGGGACAGCAAGGGUGAGGAGCUGGAGAAACUGCUGGAGGAGUGUAGGACAACACUGGAUAUCAUUGCCAGUCAGGAUGAAGCCACGAAUGCAGCAGACAUACUGAAGCUUCUACUGACAGAAGUGAAGAGUUUGAGGAGUACUUUGCAGACGGAGCGUGGUGAGUGGCUGCAGUUCCAGGCAGACCUACAGGUGGCGGUGUCAGUGGCAGACCGUCUGCGAGCCGAGGCAGAGGAAGAGUUGAAUGCGCUCCGAACGGCGCACAAGGAUGUGGAGAGGGAGCUGGCUGCUUCCCAGCAGAGACAGAAGGAGGCUGAUAUGCAACUGGUCACCCUGAGAGGGGAGUUAAAGGAGAGCAGGCAGAGACUGGCGACUCUCACCCAGGCUCCGGAACCAGAGAGGCCCAACAAUGGAAAACCAACCAACAGCUGUGAAAGCAAAGAUGGGAAUCAGAGGGGCAGGGAGAGGGGGGUGCACAGGUUGGGGAGAGAAGAGAUGGAAAGCAGAAGUGAGCUGACAAAGAAUGAUGUCAGCGAUGACACCAGAACAGACUGUAAAGGUGUGACUAAGCGUUACCUGAGAAAUGUGACCAAUGAGGAGAGGAGUGGAGAAGAGGAGCGAUCCAGCGAGACCCGAAAGACGAUGACCACAGAGAGGUCAAGAAGUCUGUCCAGAUUACCUGCUUCCUCAGUCUCCCCCACCCUGCAGAAUGGAACUUCUCAGCUCAGUACUGCCUCAACAAUUGGAUCUACAAACAACAACGUGGUGCCACUAAAAGGCCGAAGAAGUCUGGAUUGGCAAGAUGGCAGGCCAGGCACGGACACAGGAAAACGAGAAGAGUCCCUAAACAAGUAUAACUCAGCCCUUACUGAGCUGCCUUCCACCAAGACCCAGGAUGGUUUCAACCUGCUGCUGCGUCGCCAUGGAGGCUCGAAGAGAAACUCUUUGCUCCGCUGGUGUCAGAGCCGAACACAAGGCUACAAGAAUAUUGAAAUCACCAACUUCAGCAGCAGCUGGGCCGAUGGUCUCGCCUUCUGCGCCGUCUACCACACCUACCUCCCCUCACACAUCCCUUACACCACUCUCACCCCAGAGAACAAGAAUGAGAAUCUCAGUCUGGCAUUCAAAACAGGAGAGACUGUAGGGAUUGCACAAACUCUGACAGUAGAGGAGAUGCUGAGAGCAGGCGGUCCUGAUUGGCAAAGGGUCCUGAGCUACGUGGAGAGCAUCUACCGUCACUUUGAGAUGUGACGGCUGGAGGUACUGACAGACAUUCCCAACAUAUUGGAUCCUCUUCAAAGGAAACAAUAUAAGUUGUGAUGGCUCACUGAGUCACCUUUGAUGUGUACCUGGAAACUGGAUAAACUUCUGUUUGAGACAUUCAAAGCUACAAUUUGCAACUUUUUGACAUAAAAAUACCUGAUAAAGACCCUAUGUAAAUUUCAAUUUGCUGCUGUGGAUUGAAGUUUUAUUUGCUUGGUUUUCUGUCAUACGCUUCAGAAAAUGCCCUCUGACCAAGUAGAGGCUAUGGAAACAGCUCAAAGUAUUAUGUUUUCAUCAUUUUAAAAGAGCUGUCUGGCACCAAACCCAGAAGCCACCAGGUAGAGUAAAAAGACUUGUUUCAGCAGUGGUUGAUUUUUACUGCUUUUGUUUGAUUACAGCAGUGGUAACUAUUGUAUAAAUACACAAGUAUUUAGUGAAAACAGUGAAAGUAGACUUAUCAGAAAAUGACCAACUGUGAAGAACUCAAACCUUUCAUUGCAAAAUGUUACAUAUCGUAGCUGAAGAAAAAAAGACUGUCAGUGACCACCAGAGAAAAAAAAAAGAAUAUCUAAAUUAUUUUGUAGCGUUCGUAGGAAGAUUUAUGUGCAGGUAGAGAUGCUGUAAAUGUCUCCACACUGGUACUUGACUGGCCGAAAGUACUGUAUCUCAUCACGCCCUUUAUCAAAUCAGAAAGCAGUUCACUUCAAUUGCACAUUGUUUUAUCUGCCACUGUGUUUUGUCUUUUAACCUUUUCUGUAAUAAUCUGCAAAUAUUCAAACUUUUCCUGGACCUUCUAGCACUCUGUAAAUAUGCACUUUUGUCAGCACCUUGUUGGUGUGCGAAUGUAAUAAUGUACAGUACAGAUGUUACACAACUGCUGGAGUCUUUGAACGGCUCGUUAGGCAUUCAGAAAAAAGGCUGCAGACCAGUCAGAUUUGUCAAGUUCAGAUUUUAAUUUGAAAAACCGCACACACACACAAAAAAAAUGCAGCAACUGUUUGGCAAUAAUCAAAAUCUAAAAAAGGUGCCUUCAUAAUAUCACAAGUGUGCCAGUGCUGUUUAGGUGCUCAGGGAUGUGCUUUACAGGUGUGGCAAUGAGCAAAAUCAAAUUCAAGCCUGCACAGGCUCACACAUCCGGUUGCAACAUCGUCUCACGUCACACCUGCAUCGUCACAGAUGCACACUCACAAUACCAAGGUGCUGAGAAACUGAAUGACUGUGGUUUAAACUUGUCCAAACAAAACCAGUUUGUUGCCAAAGUCUUACUGUAUGUGUCAAAUAUUGAAAAAGUAUUCCUUUUUUUUCUGUGGAAACAGACUAUUGUAAAAACAUGUUAAUAUGUAACUAG